AUGUUUCAGGCGUUUAACAAUUACCUUAAAACGAAGCCACUUGCGAACGGACAAUUUACCAAAAUUACUGUAUCCAAUUUUAUUGACUUGGUAGUUUGUACUACGCCUGUCGAAGAUUGUUUCUUUGGUGACUGUGCACAAUGCAACAGCAUAACUCCUUCAUCAAUUCUUGGGUGUCAAUUGGAUACUAGUGAUGAAGAUGAUAAAUGUUCGUGGUCCAUGUGGAAAUCGAUAGAUAAAAAGGUUGAUUUACAUCAAAUACGUGGAACAAUUACAUCAUUACUUUAUGAAAUUGGUGAGAGUUGGUUCGAAUUUUUAUUACAUAGUUAUUUCAAUCGUGAACAACGAUAUUUUAUCAAUGACCUUAGAAUAAAAUCAAGUCAUUUAUCAUAUGCCGUCGUAUAA